AUGAAAUAUGAUCAGGGUAAUGAUCGCCCACGUGACCCGCGUCAUGUGUACGCUAACCCACUACAGCCAUCAGUAUGUCCGAUAUUGGCACUUGCCAUUUACUGGGCGACUUCUACUUUUGAUGUGGACAAUCGCCUAUUUCCAGGGUCGGAUCAAUAUGACCGGUUCCGUAAGCGUUUGUACCGAUUACUGGAAGACGAGAUGGUUUCGGUGGAGUUAAAGCGACGAGGAGUUAACCCAAGUGAUCUCGGUACUCAUUCAAUGCGCAAAGGGGCAGCCACAUACUGUGCGUCUGGUUCUACCGCUUGUCCAUCAUCUACGGCGGUGCACUUGCGAGCAGGCUGGUCUCUGGGUGGUGUUCAGAACACAUAUCUACGCUAUGAGGCUGCAGGGGAUAUGCAUGUCGGGAGAACUGUUGCUGGACUGCUUACUAACAGUUGUGAGUUUGCUAUAUUGCCUCCGCACUUCGUGGAGCAAGAUGACUGA